AUUUCCGACCAAGAUGCGCUUGAUCAUUGAAAAAGAUGCCGCCGCCGUCGCGGACUGGGUUGCAGCCUAUGUCGUGCAGCGCAUUACGAAGUUCAAACCUACACCCGAUCGACCGUUUGUCCUGGGGUGCCCCACUGGUAGCUCACCGUUGCAAACGUACAAGCGACUCGUGCAGUACUACCGCGAAGGAAGGUUGAGUUUUCAAAACGUGGUCACGUUCAACAUGGACGAAUACGUCGGCUUACCCAGAGACCAUUCGGAAAGCUACCACACGUUCAUGUGGACAAACUUUCUCCAACACAUUGACAUCAAGCGCGAAAACGUGCAUAUUUUGGACGGUAAUGCGUCAGAUUUGGAGGAGGAGUGCCGAUUGUACGAAGUGAAAAUCGCGUCGUUCGGGGGAAUCGAGCUGUUCUUGGGCGGCAUUGGCCCUGAUGGCCAUAUUGCGUUCAACGAGCCAGGCUCGUCACUAUCCUCUCGCACACGUGUGAAAACACUGGCGUACGACACGAUUGUCGCGAACUCGCGUUUCUUUGGCGGUGAUUUGAAUCUCGUGCCCAAGAUGGCCGUUACCGUUGGCGUGGGCACCGUCUUGGACGCACGCGAAGUGCUCAUUAUCAUCACGGGACACUCGAAAGCGUAUGCGUUGUACAAGUGCAUCGAAGAGGGCGUCAACCACAUGUGGACGGUGUCGGCAAUUCAAAACCACAACAAUGCCGCAAUUGUUUGCGACGAAGACGCGACGUUGGAACUCAAGGUCAAGACCGUCAAGUACUUUAAAGGCCUCAACGAGACCAACGUUAAGAUGCUGGCCCCAUAACGGAGAGGUUUUCGGUGAAAUGCAUUUUAACCACUUACAAUGAAGCACAGAUUUGAUUGGGCAGCAUUUUGCAACGAAGGAAAUUGUGCUGGGAUGUAUGAAUGUUCACGAACUGUUGACCAAAUGACGAGAUACUGCCAUCGAAAAUAGAUAAUCUUAUCCAUACGCCAUUCCAAAAUAGAUGAUUUGCGUAAAAAAUUAUCUAA